AUGCCACCCGGCAGCGAUGACAACAACGCGUUCCCUCCAGGCCAACUCUACAGAGGCGUACUCCCCGUUGUGCCGCCCGAUGGAGCUCUGGAGAACCAACCAAGGAAUAAUGCCGCAACCGCCGCGUCAGCCGCAAGUGUUCGCGCCUUGACUGCGCAGGCCGUCGCCUUUUAUUUUAGAGCACCCGUCAAGGCCUUCUUCCGGACUCGAGUCGACUACCUCGCAUAUGCAAGAAGUUUGCAUCAGGCGCAAACUCAACUGAUGACCAAGGCUGCCGCAAAUGACCCGACAGUCUCGAGACUUGGCCUCACUCUCAAGCAGGCAUGGAAUUGGGCCCGAGGCACGACGCCCGGCCUUCUCACGUCGGUUAUACAGCAACAUGGAUGGAGCGUUGUGCCACAACAAAUUCUGCCGCCCUUGAUCGCCAAUGUCGGGGUCGGCGCUGUGCUGUACACCAGCUAUCUGCAGAUUCUUGGACAGUUGCACGAGGAGAGCUCGAAAUCGACCAAGAGGGUGUACCCACCACCAGACCCUUUGCAUACCUUCACUGCUGGCUUCCUCGCUGGCAGCUUCCAGAGCGUCCUGGCAGCUCCUCUCGACGCCAUACAAGCAAGAUACGACCAUCGUGAUCUCGUUACUGGACAUGCCAGUGGCAAGCCGCGAAGCAUGUGGUCCUUCUCGGCCGAAAAACUGAGAGAAAUCGGCGUACGGGGAGUGUUCGCUGGAUGGGGGCUGUCCUUUAUGAAAGACAGUUUCGGGAACGCCAUCUUCUUCUCGACAUUCGAGUAUGUCAAGGCGCAGAGCUACUACCAGUUCAUCACCUGGUAUUACGGUGGGCUCAAUCGUGCCACGGUAAACGUACUGGCUCAGAAACGACCUUCAGUUCGCAACGACAAUGAUGCCCAAGACGAGGACAAACCGGUGGUCAUUCGUCCACACUACGCCAUCGAGCCUGCAUUUUUACUACUAGCGGGGAUUGGGGCUUCUUUUGCCCAGCAGAUUUUACUUCACCCGCUGACGCAUAUUCAAGUAAAGCACUGGGAACACUUAGAGGAUCUAGACGACAAGGCUGCGAGAUUGAGAGCUGCCACCGCUGCCAAUCCUGAAAAGCCUCGCCGGAGGUGGCGCAUGCUUCGGGCGUACUAUCGUGCCUAUCAAGAGACCUGGGCCCACUGCGCUUCUGAAGCGGCGUCCGAGGGCAGCGGUGUUAUGAGGUGGCUAUAUCGAGGGUUCUGGUGGAACACCAUUCGACAGGUUCCCAGCACGAGUGCGGGCUUGAUCAUCUUCGAGCUCGUGCGACGAAAGUACGGAAGCGGUGCCGAACCUGUUCGCGUCGCCAAAGACAAUUAUGAAAUUCUACUCAAUUAG